GCGAGGAGGGGGCAGCUGCUGGACCAAAAAUAUUCCCCCCCCCCUCUCCUGUGCACAGCCAGCCGAGACAGAACAAGCAAGGCUCAUCCUCCGCUAUGUCCAUCCCCAGCACCUGCCGGAUGGAUGGGAUGCUCCUGGGCUCUUUUGCCCUCAUCCUGGUGAUCUGUCACUCUCUGGUGGGAGGAGCCUCAUGGACAUACACAGGUGACCACGGCCAAGAACAUUGGCCAGAUUCCUUCCCUGACUGUAAUGGAACUGCUCAAUCUCCAAUAAAUAUAAAGACGGGAGAAGUCACCUACAACGGCUCCUUACCCCCUAUACAGCCAGUAAGAUACAGAACUUCCGGAGACUCUACCUUCACCCUCACCAAUAAUGGACACACAGUUAAGCUCUCCCUGCCGCCCUUGAUGCGCCUUCGCGGCCUUUCGAACAAUUUUACGGCUGUACAACUCCAUUUGCACUGGGGGAGCGAGGAGCACCCAGGAGGCUCUGAGCACCACAUCAAUGAUCAAGAUUAUCCUGCAGAGUUGCACAUCGUCCAUUAUAAUGCCGACCGAUUCGCCGACAUCAAUGAAGCCAAGGACAAGCCAAAUGGAUUGGCGGUUCUCGGGAUCUUAAUCACGACCGGCUCCAGUGAUAACCCAGGCUAUGCCAACAUCAUCAACGCCCUGCAGAGAGUCAGCUUUGCAGAUCAGAGUGUCACCAUUCCGUCCUUCAAUGUGGAGGAGCUCCUGCCUAGCAAGCUUGAUCAGUAUUUCCGCUACAGUGGUUCCCUGACCACGCCGCCGUGCUUCCAGAGUGUCACCUGGACGGUCUUCCACAACCCCGUCCAGAUCUCCCAGUCUCAGAUGGACAAACUGCGCAAGACACUUCAUUCGACUCCAGUCAGCCGCCCUCCUGAAGUCCUAGAAAAAAAUGUCCGGCACAUUCAACCAGUGAACAAGAGAACAGUGUACUCUUCCUUCGUAAUAGAGAAAGGGCUGUCUGCAGGUGUGAUAGUGGCCAUCGUGUUCGGUGUUCUCGGAGGGGUACUGCUCAUCUCCAUAGCUCUGUACUUUAUCAUCAUGGUCAUCAAGAGACCUAUUGCACACAUAGGAAAAGCCUAACAUCGCCUCCUUAUAAGACUUUGGGGCUUCCCAGUACAGCUGCCAUUGGAAACCAUUAUGCCUUAAACUGACAAUAUGGAGGCCUUAAAGAUGGCUCUCACUAUGCUACUUACUGGUAAACCACGAUUCUGUGACCAGUUUCAAUGCUGUGAAGUUUUUUCUUGACAUGCUGGACCUAAAAAUUGAUGCACAUAAUGCUUAUCCAUUAUCAGUUAUAGACUUUUUGCUUCUCUGGACCCGGUAAAGGCCUUAUUUAUCAAAGUAUCCGAAUGGACAGAUGUUGAUCGUAUCAAACCGUUUCAUUCUUCUGUAUUUCGUAGGAAAAUAUAGAUGAUUUGCUGGCUAUGGUCAACAGUAAAGGUGCUUCCGUAGGAUGAUCUUGAAGAUCUGCUGGCUAUGGUCAUCAGUAAAAAUUUCUGGAAGGCUCUACAUUCUUCGAUUAUUUCAUCUCUAGGCAUAGGACGUCUCCAGCAAGUGGUCACCAUGAAUGGUCAUACUAAACGGUUUCAUUCUCCCGUACUUAAAUUGGAAAAUGAAGAGGACCACCUAAUUGCGAUGACCAAUAGUAACGUUUUUUUUUUUU